AUGACCGGAUAUCAGACGGAGCGAAGCUCCUACGACGACGAGGCGUCCAGCGUAAAUACGCCAAUUUCAAGCAACGGCGAUCAUGCGAUGGCAGGGGCAUAUGGAAAGGACGGGGUCCAUGGAUACGAACAGGCUGACCACCAGCUCGAGCCAAUGGAUCCCAACGAUGCGCCGAACGGAUCGCUUGCCGACCUAAAAGAUCCGAUUCAAGUACACUUGCUCACCGAAACUGCGCUCUCCGACAGCAAAGAAUAUGAAAUCCUAUCUCAAGAAGAGGUUGAUAAGCUGAAGAAACAGUGUCAGUUGCUAAGCCAGCGGGUAGAGUCCACCAGAUCCAACCUGGCUAUCCAAUCGAAAUAUCGAGAUGCAGCAGUGUCCAUGGCCAAGCUCUAUUCCGCCGGCAAAACCGAAGAAGAGCUUCUGGAUGACCCCCGAGCUAAGGAAGUCGAGCUGGAGAGAGAGACGACAGAGAAGAAAUGCGAGGAAUUGUCACGCGAGCUCUUCAACCUUGAAAAGAACCUCAUAGGGCCCCAGAGGCGCCUACUUCAGCAUACGGCCGGUAUCCUCCAGCUUACCCACAAAGCAUCCAAAAGGGCAGCAGCACGGGCCUUGCAAAACAGCAAUGAGGUUCCUGGCAGCCCCGAAAGCUUGUACACCUACUCCCAAAGCCGGGAUAGUCUAGCUCAAGCUGUCGAUGAAGACUAUUUUGAGGACCCAAGCCUCUAUCAGCUCGAUUCCAUGCAAGGGCUGCAAACAGGGCAUCUGAAAUCGGCCAUUGAUAUCCCAUUGAAAUCGCCUGUCCGAGAGCAGGCUACUCACCUUCGUGGAGAAAUCGACAAAGCCAAGGAAGAAAAUGCACUGUUGGUGAAUCUUGUCGCCGAUAUGGAGCAGAAAUUGGAGAGUCUAAGUCUCUCGCUCCGAGAAACCAUUGUCAAGUUCAACCCCGAAGUGAACAGCGACUACCUAGACCCUCCCAGAGAAUCAGCCGCUGGUGACUCAAAGCCUGGAGACAUGCUGAGGAAGCAGCUUGACUACCUCGAGAGUGGCCUUGUCGCUGUGCAAGCAGAACAGGAAUCUUUCAUUAGUAACGGCGGCGGAAACAGCAGCGGCGGCAACAACUACCUCCUAGACGACGGCGCUGAGCGGAUUGAGGCCGUCUUGAGGCAGCAAAACGAGGAGCGCCGAAGACAGCGGGCAGAAAAGGGAUUGGUUGAUGACGAUGAUACAUCUGAUGAUGAUGCCUUUGACGCAGAUGAAGCUUACAACCUGUAUGCCUUUGAAUCCAAGGUUGACUGGCUUUUCAAACGAGCCUCGACGUUGAAGGACCAAAAAUCUGUGCUCAAGAGACAGAUCAAACAGCAGCGUGAGCUCAACAACAAGACCGACGCCGAAAAAGACGAGGAGAUUGAACGAAGGCAGGAGGAGCUGGACCAGACACGCUUCUUGCUUGAACGGGCUGAAAAGGAUGCCAUGGAUGCUCAGACUAUGUUGGCCGAUGCUCUACAGGAUCUUGAAAAGGCCCAGGGAUCAUCAUCUGGCAUCAGCGAAGAGGAGUUACACAAGCAUACUGCCAAGAUAGGGUCCCUGGAAGCCGAGCUUGCUAAGCUACACGCACAGAUCGAAUCCCACCAAGCUGCCAUCGAGGAGCGAGACGCAAAAUUAGAAGCUCUAGAUUCCGAGGUUGAAGAAAACAUUGCAAGGGCAGAGUCCCUUGAGGCUGAGACUCAAGCGCACAAAGCCCGGGUCGAUUCUCUUGAGGGAGAAAUCCAGGCUCGUAAUGAUCGCAUCGAGGCUCUCGAGGCAGAAAUUCAUACGCACAGCACACGAGCAGAAUCCCUACAGGCUGAGGUCCUCGCACAUGGCGUCCGGGUCGAGUCGCUUGAGAGCGAAAUUCAAGCACGCAGCGUUCACAUCGAAUCUCUUGAGGAUAAGAUCCAAGGCCACAAUUCCAACAUUGGAUCUCUUGAAGCAGAGAUCCAGUCACGAGACGCGCAAAUCAGAUCUCUGGGAGCUGACCUUCAAGCGCACAACGAAAGAGGAGGAUCAUAUGAGGCCCAAAUUGCUGCGCUGGAAGCUGAGAAUAAGAAAUUCAUCGAGCUAAGCUCCCAGCUUGAUGGCGCCUCCAAGGAGAAGGCAGCAGCCGAAGAAAUGGCCAGAGCUCUUCAGCAAGAGGUGGAGAAUAUCAAGGCAAGCCACACGGACAAGGAGAAGGAAAUUGCUCAAAAGGAUGCGGAUCUGGAGCAGCUCAAUAUGACACUGGUGGAAAUCAAGACGGAGCUCACGUUUGCCAGGGCGGAGCUGGACGGCGCAUACGGCAGUCGCGCCGAGCGUGCGGCAGAUGCAGCAGCUCUGAGCAACCAGGAAGAAGUCGUCAAACUGACAGGCCAGGUAGAAAGACUCAAGAAGGAGUUGGCGGGAACUGUACAAGAUUUAGAGGCAAUUACCAAGGAGACGAUCGGAGCAGAGCGCGAGAAGAUUGACCUUGAGCAAAAGGCCGACGAGGCAAUCUCUGCCAAGGCCAGCUUAGAGGCGGAUCUGGAGAAGUCUCGACAGCUGAUUGCAAGACUGCAAGAGGACCUUGACAGCGAACGAUUCAAGGUGGGCGUUUCACAGGGAGGCGUAACAAAGGUUGGCGCCGGGGCAGCUCUGCUCAGCGAGCAGUUCAGGACAUCGAUGAGAGAGGAACGAAAGAGGUUCCACGAGGAUAUCAAGGAGGAACGCGCCAAGUACCGAAAGCUGGAAGAGGAGUACAUUCGGCUGAAAAAGAGCCAGGCAGCAAGCAAUGCUCCUCCAAGCCCACGAUAA